CAGCCCUACCAAACGUACACUUACCGGUGGUCAGGAACGCUAGAAAUUUCUGCACAGCUCGAAGCAGUAACACUUUUAUAUUUAAGAUCUUUUGGUCUACGCCGAGGCUUCUUCAUCUUCGUAGUCGAUCGCAGCGGAGGAGAAAGGGUAUGGCGGAGAUCGAGAACAGGAAGAAGGUGUCGCCGGAGGAGGAGCAUCCCCGUAAGGCAUUCGGGUUGGCGGCGAAGGAUUCAUCCGGCGUGCUCUCCCCCUUCAAUUUCUCCAGAAGGAACAAUGGCGAUAAUGAUGUUACCAUAAAGAUAUUGUACUGUGGUAUUUGUCACACAGAUCUUCACGUCAUCAGGAAUGAGUGGAAAAAUGCUAUCUACCCAGUAGUUCCAGGGCACGAAAUUGUUGGUGUUGUUACAGAAAUUGGGAGCAAUGUUCAAAAGUUUAAAGUAGGAGACAAAGCAGGUGUUGGCUGCUUGGUUGGUUCUUGUCAUUCUUGUGAUGGUUGCGAAAAUAACCUUGAGAAUUACUGCUCAAAGAUGAUAUUAACAUACAAUUCAAUCGACAUAGAUGGGACAAUCACUUAUGGCGGAUAUUCAGAUUUGAUUGUUGUUAGAGAGCAUUUUGUGGUGAAGUUCCCUGAGAGCUUGGCGAUGGACAAGGGCGCGCCACUGUUGUGUGCAGGAAUAACAGUUUACAAUCCCAUGAAGACCUUCAGUCUCGAUGAGCCUGGAAAGCACCUUGGUGUUGUAGGCCUUGGAGGACUUGGCCAUGUUGCAGUCAAAUUUGGCAAGGCUUUUGGAAUGAAGGUCACUGUUAUAAGCACAUCUCUAAAUAAGAAAGAUGAAGCCAUUAAAACUUUGGGAGCUGAUGCGUUUAUAGUUAGCAGCGAUCCUCAGCAGAUGCAGGCUGCAAUGGGCACCAUGGAUGGCAUAAUAAAUACUGUGUCGGCAAAGCACGAUAUAGUGCCAUUGAUCUUUCUCUUGAAGAACCAGGGAAAAAUGAUCAUGGUUGGCGUGCCAGAUCGCCCACUGGAGUUACCCAUCUUCCCCCUAUUAAUGGGAGGGAGGAUUUUGGCUGGUAGUUCCAUUGGUGGAUUGAAACAAACGCAAGAGAUGAUAGAUUUUGCUGCAAAGCACAACAUAACUGCAGACAUCGAGCUCAUCAAAGCUGACUAUGUGAACGAAGCGUUGAACAGGUUGGCUAAGGGUGAUGUGAGAUAUCGAUUUGUGAUCGAUGUGGGUAAUACUUUGACUCCUGCUUGAUAAUUUGAAGGCUGCUUCUCUCUCAUUUGGUAGUCAAUAAAUAACUGUUUUGGUCUAUGAUUCCUGAUAUCUAAUGUAUUUGGCCCCAUUUGUUCUAUGUUCUUGUAUGCAUGCCAUGGGUAUUUGGUCUUUUGUAUCCCUACGUGUGUGAAAUCUACAAUGCUUAUGUGCCCUUUAUUGUUACAUGAUACGAAUUCCCUCUCAUCUGUUAUUUGAGUUUUGUUGGAUGUUUCACUUCAUAUUUUCAAAAAGAUUUUGGUUUUAUGUCUU